AUGUUGAAACAAGACUACAACCGGAUCGACCCCAAGCGGCGUAAUGUCCUCGACCAUCGCAAGAAGCAGUUCGCGUCGCCCACGUACAAGGAGGCCGAGUACCCCCACCGCCUCAACUUCUACGCCGAUGCGCCCACGGCAGACAUCACCCUCGAGCAGUUUGAACAAUGGGCCAUUGACCGCCUAAGGAUCCUCGCCGAGCUCGAAGCCUGCGCCUUCCGCAACAAGUCUCCCCAAGAAGUCGCGAACCACAUGAAGCCGCUGCUCGACAAGUACCUUCCCCUCGAAUCGAACAUGUCACACUCGCCGAAGCUCUUCUCCCAACGCCAAAAAGACCACUACAGCCACUUUAUCCUGCGCCUGGCCUUCUCGAGGACAGAAGACCUCCGCCGCCGCUUCGUCCGUGUAGAGACCAUGCUCUUCCGCCUGCGGCUAAACAGCGACGACCUGAGGGAGCGUACUGCCUUCGUCAAAAGUCUGAGUCUCGACUGGUGGGAGACUGUCACGGAAGAGGAGAAGACAAUGUACGCUCAAGAGCUGAAGUCCAUGUCACGCACGCGAGGCGCCAACGCCAUGGAGGACGACGACUGGUUCAAGGUCGACUGGGACCGUGUACCGGAACUCGUGGAGCAGCGCAAGGUGUUUUUGAAGAAGGGCAAGGCAUUCGUACCAGGGAGAGAACAGGCCAGCAUGGUCGUUGGCGAAUUCGUCUCCAGGUUGGAGAGGCAGCUGGAGCUCACGGCCCGCGCGCUCCCCCGUCUCGACGAGGACGACCGCCUCACUCCAAUCCUCGAUCACCUCUCCAAGAACUUCAUCACCCCCGACAGCUCCUACAGCUCCAACACGGGAGCCCCCGUCGGCGCCGAGAUCACCGCCCGCAACAUCGACAACCUGGCCCAACACUUCCCGGCCUGCAUGUCCCACCUGCACCGCUCUCUUCGCCGCGAUGCCCACCUCAAACACUACGGCCGUCUGCAGUACACCCUGUUCCUCAAGGGUAUCGGCCUGAAUCUCGAGGAGUGCCUGGUCUUCUGGCGCCAGGGCUUCCGCAACAUCACCGACGAUACGUUCAACAAGGAAUACCGCUACAACGUGCGGCACGUCUACGGCGACGUCGGAGGCGACUCGAACCGCCGCGGCGGCGGCUACAGCCCAUUCAGCUGCCAAAAGAUUCUGACCGAGCACCCUCCCGGCCCAGGCGAGGCCCACGGCUGCCCCUACCGCCACUUUAACCUCGAGAACCUCACGACGCUGGUACAAGCCAUGGGCGUGAGCGACCGGGCCACUUUGAACGGAGUCAAGGAGGAUAAAGAAAACCAAAAGUUUCACAUGGCGUGUAAUCGCGUGUUCGAGCACCUUCACAAGCAGGAACUCAAAAAGGCAAAAGACGAGGGCGUCUUCACUUCUGCACAACUCGAGACCAUUGUGCACCCUAACGAAUACUUUAAGCGCAGCUACCUGCUCAAGAACCUCGACAAGCAGGCGGACGUCAAGAUGGAGGAGUGA